AUGACUUAUAAGCGUAAAAAAUAUCAUCAUGGUGAUACACAUUUAAAAAAACGUUGGCGAGUGCGGAAUAGAAAGAAAGAUUUAGAUGAAAUUGAUGAAGAUCUAAAGGAAGAAAAAUCGGAAAAGUUAUUGAAUCAAGAUGUCGAUUUAGAUUUACCUGGCGCGGCUCAGCAUUAUUGUUUACACUGCGCACGAUAUUUUAUUGACGACAAAGCUCUUCAGGAACAUUUUAAAACAAAAGUUCACAAAAGAAGACUUAAAGCAUUAGAACUAGAACCAUAUUCGAUCGAAGAAUCAGAGCGGGCCGCUGGACACGGAAAUUUUAAACUUCCCAACAAAAGAAAAAUAGUAACUCAAAUUUCUGAUAUAAUAGAUAAGGAUGGUGAUAUUGUUUUAAGUGAAGAUACACCUACACCUAACAAAAAGAAAAAAAUUGAUAAUGUUGCAUAA